AUGGAAUCUCUUCCAUUCCUUGGGUUUGUUAUGAAGUUUUUUUACUUUUCAAUUAUUUUUCUUCUGCUCGUAGGCAAGAUAAAUGGAAUCAAACGCGAGGGAUAUCCGGUUGAAGUGACGGUGAGGGCGACGAUCACGCUGAAGGAGCCGGAAGGUGAGAUUUUACAUAAUGGCUGACAGGAGAAGGGCUCCGAGAAUCUGCUCUCAGGAUUUGAAGAAAAUUGGCAUAGAAAUAUUAUACAUAUACAUAUUCAGCUUUUUUGAGUCAAAUGGGAGACUUCUAGCACACAGAAAACACUGACAUUUUUAUGUCAAAAGUUCGGAAAAUUUUGUAAUUUUUUGUCAGUCUUGGCAUGAAAAGUUUGUCACUUGUUUCUACUGUACAGGGAAAUACUUCCACAAAAAAUCAAAUCUUACCGCACGAAACUGGCAAAGUUAUGGUCAAAAAAGGUUUUUCUCUUUGACCUUUCUCCGCAUUUCACGUACUCUCUCGGCAAAAAAGAUCGUUGAAUAUCUCGGCUGCGGCUGUAAAGAGCGGGCUAAAACUCUGAGUUGAUAAGACGCCUACGUGCAAACUGUGUGCAAAAUUUAAAGAAAAUUUGACAAUAAGCGAAAAAUUUUCUUGGGACCCUGUGUUCCGCAAUUUUUCUGGGUGGCCUACUAGAAAACCAGACACUCCUUUAGUGGGGACAGAAAAGACCUAGAGACAAAAAAGCUAAAAAAUUUCAAUGACAAAAAGAGGCAACUAGUCCUUUCACAAAGCCGCUGGUGCGAUUUCAACGACUUGUUGAAAUCGCACCACUGUGCGACAGCCCAAAAAACCCUAUUGCAUGCAAAAAGCCGAAAAUUGCACAGUGCAAAGCAAGCUCUCGUUUUCACACGGCGCAUAUCGCUAGAAUUACUCCAGCGAUCAUCCGGAUGGAUUAGUGGAUUAACGCACCUUUGGGACAAAAAUUUCCUAGAUAAAAGUGCUUUUUUUUCAUAAUUUUUCUCUAUCCGUCUGUCAGGAAAAUAAUGAGCGCUCUGUUGCAUCGAAAAUCGCAUCGCCGUCGAUAAAAUGAAUUGUGUCGCUGCAAAAUCAAAUUGCUUUUUACUUCAGCGACACGAAUGGCGCAGCUCAUUAUUUUCCCGACAGACUGACAUUUCGGAUGAUUUUGCUUUACCAUUUUGUUUUUCAGAGAAAUUCGCCAGAUUCAAGCGAUUCCUCGGCGUCUACGGCUUUCAUGACUACGAAAAAGAAGCGCUUUUGCCGAAAGAGGAGAGUGCCGAGAUCACCAAAAGAUCGCUCAAAAUCGACGAGCAAUCCAAGGACAUGAUGUUUGCCGAAAAAACGAAGAAAGAGUGGCCUUCCUACUUCGCCGAGGGCUCAUAUAUUCACUGA